AUGGAAGAUUCUACAGCAUACGGAUCGCCAGCCAAUGCUGCAUCCCCAGAUGGCAACCCUAUACUUGCACAACCAACCCUACAAGCUGAGGCGAUAUCAGGCGAUGGCGAAGAGGGUGUGACCAGCGAGGCACCCAUAAAGCAGGAUAGCGCGACUCCUGGCCCAGGCGCCACCGCUGCUGAAGGCUCCGAGGCGCUACGAACAGAUGCCGCGGCCAACGCUGAUACUGAAAUGGGUGAUAUGCCGGCCCCUAGUUCUAAAGGGAUUGCUACUGCAGAGCGUGACGGUGCCGCUGAUAACCAAGAAAACAAAUCGAAGGAGAAUGUUGAGUCAGCGGCCCGGGAACACCUCGUUUCCCAAACCCAUGCGAUUGUUCUUCCUAGUUACAGUACCUGGUUCGACAUGAACAGCAUUCACGACAUCGAACGGAAGGCGAUGGCUGAAUUUUUCAACAACCGAAACAGGAGCAAAACCCCUGCUGUUUACAAAGACUACCGCGACUUCAUGAUCAACACGUACCGCUUAAACCCAGUAGAAUAUUUAACUGUCACAGCUUGUCGCAGAAAUUUGGCCGGUGACGUCUGCGCUAUUAUGAGAGUCCAUGCGUUCCUGGAGCAAUGGGGUUUGAUUAAUUAUCAGGUUGAUGCCGAACAACGCCCAUCGCAUGUUGGUCCCCCAUUCACAGGUCAUUUCAAGAUUAUAUGUGACACGCCACGCGGUCUUCAACCGUGGCAGCCAUCUGCCGAUCCCAUCGUUCUGGAAGGAAAAAAGAAUGCCGAUACUGAUAAAAAGUCAGCCCCAAAUUUUGGGGCUAAAAGCGAUCUCAACCUUGAGAUUGGUCGUAAUAUUUAUGAAGCUAAUUCAAAGGGGUUGUCCGUGAACAAAACUGAGGCCAGAGCCAACGGUGAAAUACCAGCUACCAACGGCGUGUCUGGUACUGAGGAUGCAACAGUAUCUGCGAUCGCUAGAGUCAAUUGCCAUCAAUGUGGCAACGACUGCACCCGUGUUUAUUAUCACAGCAGCCAGACCGACACCAGUUCCAAAGCCAAAUACGACCUCUGUCCCAACUGUUUCACAGAAGGCCGUUUGCCGGCGAACCAUACAUCCAGCAUGUAUUCAAAGACGGAGAAUCCCACUUACACGUCUAUCCUAGAUCGGGAUGCGCCUUGGACCGACGCCGAAAUUCUUCGUCUACUCGAAGGCUUGGAACGGUUUGAUGACGACUGGGGAGAGAUUGCUGAUCACGUUGCUACGAGGACGCGAGAGGAGUGUGUGCUCCAGUUCUUGCAAUUGGAUAUUGAGGAGAAAUAUUUGGAUUCGGAAGUACCUAUCAGUGCACCUACUGGCUUGUCUAUGCUUGGGGCACAGCACGGUCAUCUGCCCUUCAGCCAAGUCGACAAUCCAGUCAUGUCCGUUGUUGGAUUUCUGGCAAGUCUAGCUGACCCUGCAAGCACUGCCGCAGCGGCCAACAAGUCUGCCGAUGAAUUGAAAAGAGGUUUGCAGAAGCAAUUGAAUGGCAACAAACGCAGUCAAGAAGCCAAUGAUGCAAGAAAUGGUGGCGAGAAGGCACCUGAUGUAUCCAAAGAACAAGGCCAGACGCAACAAGUCGGCGAGUCAAUGGAUGUGGAUAUGCGUCAGGAGGUGACGACAACCAGCACCACCACUACAACUACAACUACCACAAAGAACAGAUCGCUUGCGUCUAUCCCUUUGGCGUCUAUUGGGGCUCGCGCAGCGGGAUUUGCGUCCCAUGAGGAACGAGAGAUGACACGACUUGUCUCUGCCGCUACCAAUGUAACAUUGCAAAAGCUGGAGCUAAAAUUGAAAUACUUCAAUGAGAUUGAAGGUAUUCUUCGAGCAGAAAGGCGAGAGCUGGAACGGGGUCGACAGCAAUUGCUACUGGACAGACUGGCUUUCAAGCGUCGGGUUGGCAAAGUCAUGGAAAGUUUGAAGACGGCAACCACCAUUGGCGGUGACCAAGGCGUUCGCAUGGUGCAAGAAGCUCUUCAGCCGGAUGGAGAAAGGUUGGGUUUCCAACCCGCAACUGGUGAGCCAUCUGUCCAAGCACCGAGCAGCAAUGGACAAGUGAAGAGUUAUGAGGCAUAA